AGAGUGGCAGUUAAGCUGAAGACGUCGAUUUCGAAUUGUAGCGCGCAUUGUGAAGAGUUACAUGAGUGCCAGUGGAGUGCCCCGUUUGUACAGUGACAGUGAUUUUGAACUGGUGUGAAGUUUUUUCAAGUGAAAAAUGAUACCGCGACCCCGUUGCAAAUUACGAACCGUCCUCAUCGUCACCCUCUUAGUCGUCCUCCUAGUCCACAUCUCCUCAUCAGAACGAGUCACACGCCGCCGCCUUCGACGGCCCCUCAAAACCACACAAAGCGUUUCAGUAACCAAAGACCAAGACGUCUCCUCCAGUGUCAACCGUUUCCGGCUGAGGUCCCGGCCAGGCCACCGCAAAACAGACAAUUCCCUCUCAGCCACGAGCAAGAAGGACAAAGAUGGGUACAAAGUGGUGUGCUAUUACACUAACUGGUCGCAGUACAGAGUCAAGAUCGGGAAAUUCACCCCGGAGGACAUCAUCCCGGAUUUGUGCACGCACAUCAUCUUCGCCUUCGGCUGGCUGAAGAAAGGCAAACUGUCUUCGUUCGAGAGCAACGACGAGACCAAAGACGGGAAAGUGGGGUUGUACGAAAGGAUCCAGAAGCUGAAGAAGGCCAACCCCAGUUUGAAAACCUUGUUGGCUAUCGGGGGUUGGUCGUUCGGAACGCAGAAAUUCAAGGACAUGGCGUCCACCAGGUACGCCAGACAGACGUUCAUCUUCAGCGCCAUCCCCUUCCUGCGGGACCGCGGAUUCGACGGGCUGGACAUCGACUGGGAGUACCCCAAGGGGUCGGAGGACAAGAAGAAUUACGUCCUGCUGUUGAAAGAAUUGCGCGAAGCCUUCGAAGCCGAAGCCCAGGAAAUCAAAAAGCCGGCUCUCCUUCUCUCGGCUGCCGUCCCUGUAGGUCCCGAUAACAUCAAAGCUGGGUAUGACGUCCCGGCUGUGUCUUCCUACCUGGACUUCAUCAACUUGAUGGCUUACGAUUUCCAUGGUAAAUGGGAACGGGAGACGGGGCAUAAUGCCCCCCUCUACUCCCCGAGCAGCGAUAGCCAGUACCAGAAGCAACUAAACGUGGAACAUGCCGCAAACCUUUGGGUGAAACUAGGGACUCCUAAGGAGAAACUGGUCAUUGGGAUGCCCACCUACGGGCGCACGUUCACCCUUUCGAACACUGCCAAGUUCGGGGUGCACGCCCCAGCGAGUGGCGGCGGCAAAGAAGGCACCUAUACGAAGGAGUCCGGGUUCUUGGCCUAUUACGAAGUGUGCGAGUUGCUUCAGAACGGGGCAACGUACAUUUGGGACGACGAGAUGAAGGUGCCUUACGCGGUCAAUGGAGACCAGUGGAUUGGGUUUGAUGACGAAAAAUCGAUCAGGAACAAAAUGAAGUGGAUCAAGGAUAAUGGGUUUGCGGGCGCUAUGGUGUGGACCAUCGACAUGGACGACUUCUCCGGGACGGUCUGCGGGGGCCAGGUCAAGUACCCCCUGAUCGGGGCCAUGCGGGAGGAGCUGCGCGGGAUCUCCCGCGGGAAGAACGCCAAAGACGUCGACUGGCAAAAAAUCGCCGGCGCUGUGGAGGAAGACGACGAAGACGCGAUCGAGAAACCGGCCCCGGUCAAGAUUUCGGUCCAGGAAGUGCUCAACAGAGUUAGGAAACCGACCAAGAAACUCCAUUUGAAAAAUUCACCAAUCAGCAAGAAAGUCCGUCCGCCACAAGUCCUCUGCUACAUCACCAGUUGGUCGCAGAAGCGCCCCGGCGCUGGCAAAUUCACACCAGAGGACAUAAAUCCGUCCCUUUGCACUCACAUUAUUUACGCUUUCGCCACUCUCAAAGACCACAAACUGGCCGAAGCCAGCGAUAAAGACCCGGAAAUGUACGACCGGGUUGUGGCCCUCCGGGAGAAAAACCCCGAUUUGAAGAUACUCUUGGCAAUCGGAGGAUGGGCGUUCGGCUCAACUCCGUUCAAAGAACUCACAAGUAACGUCUUCAGAAUGAACCAAUUCGUCUACGACGCUAUUGACUUCUUGCGCGAGUUCCAAUUCAACGGUUUGGACGUCGACUGGGAGUACCCUCGCGGGGCUGACGACCGAGCUGCGUACGUCAAUCUCUUGAAAGAGUUGAGAGUGGCGUUCGAAGGCGAGGCGAAGACGAGUGGACAACCUCGCCUUCUCCUAACAGCAGCGGUACCAGCGUCCUUUGAAGCAAUUGCCGCCGGGUAUGACGUACCCGAAAUUUCCAAGUACCUCGACUUUAUCAACGUCAUGACGUACGAUUUUCAUGGCCAAUGGGAACGAACUGUAGGACACAACUCACCUUUGUUCCCGCUUGAAAGUGCCACAAGUUACCAGAAAAAGCUCACAGUGGACUUCUCUGCCCGGGAAUGGGUCAAACAAGGGGCCCCUAAAGAAAAACUCAUGAUCGGUAUGCCCACCUACGGCCGUAGCUUCGAACUAGUGAACAAGACCCAGUUCGAUAUUGGGGCCCCAGCCAGUGGCGGUGGUACUCCUGGGAAAUACACCGCCGAGGCCGGUUUUAUGAGCUUCUACGAAAUUUGCGACUUUUUGCACGAAGACAACACAACCCUGGUAUGGGACAACGAACAGCAGGUCCCGUUCGCGUACCGAGGCAACCAAUGGGUGGGAUUCGACGACGAAAGGAGUUUGAAAACGAAGAUGGCCUGGCUGAAGGAGGAGGGCUUUGGGGGCAUAAUGAUCUGGUCGGUGGACAUGGACGACUUCCGCGGCUCCUGCGGCAGCGGCAAGUACCCCCUGAUCAAUGCCAUGCGGCAGGAGCUCGAAGGCUACAAAGUGAAACUGGAAUACGACGGCCCUUACGAAACGUCGAUCUCCUCAGGACAGUACACGACGAAAGAUCCAAAUGAGGUGACUUGCGAUGAGGAGGAAGGUCAUAUCAGUUAUCACCCCGAUAAGGCCGAUUGUCGGAUGUAUUACAUGUGUGAAGGUGAGAGGAAGCACCACAUGCCUUGUCCUUCGAAUCUAGUGUUCAAUCCGGACCAGAACGUCUGUGACUGGCCCGAGAACGUCGAAGGGUGCAUGCAACACACGGCUGCGCCUCCCACUAAGCGAUAAUACGUAACUUAAACUUUGUAAAUAAUUGGAAAUUUAGUCUUGUUUAGUAACACGGAAUUUGUUUGUUUUAAUAAUUUAAGUGAUUAUGUUACUGCCAUUGACUGAAAAAGAUUCUUUUGUGAAACUGCCAUAAGGAAAGACAGUUUUUUGCACUCGUAUUGGGGGAUCAAUUUUAAUAAAUUGUUUUAUCGAGUUAUUUAACUUUCUAUUUUAUAUAAUAAUUUAUAAAUUAUGCAUUGUAGAUGUAGCGAAAGAAUAUUUUUAUAUGGUAUACAUUUUGUAUAUUGUAACACUUGUAAAUACACAUAAAUAAAUUUUAAAAACU